CCACUUCGAGCCUGCGACGCUCGACGACGAACACAGAUGCCCUCGAUCGGCGAUUCCGCAGCGGAAACCCUAAUCCACGACUUCUAUCCCCGGGGUUCUCCAGCUUUCAAGAGGUUGGAUGAGAGGGUUCUGCAAAUGGAAACGAAGAUAAGGGGGCGGGCGGCCAGCGAGGUGGGAGGCACAGUGUCGCAUUGCUGGCUCAAUCACCGCGGGUCUCGCCCCGCAAACCUUCGAAAACGUCACUUCUCUGAUCAAGAAUAGAUCUGCAGGGAGGCGGAAGGUGGGCAUGGUGCUCUUGCCCGUAGCCUCAGUUGCAGUGCGAUCAUCCUUUUCCGUCGUCGGUGAAGCAUUCUUCUCGACAUUUAUAAGCUUCAAUGGGAUAACCAGCUCAACCAUUCUGGUCUUUGUACGUGUCCACCAGUUGUAUAUAGGGCCUAUUAUAUAUAAUAAGAUGUGCUUCCCUAUGUAUAUUUUAUAUGGAAUUAUAAUGACCAAAGUUAGUGAUGGGAGAUUCAUGUGUCAAUUAGGUUGGUAGGGAGAUUUUGGUAGAUUACAACCCCUUGGAAUGCCUACCUUGUGAAGUUUUUUCUUUCUCAAUAGCAGCCUUUAAGAACGACAAGAAUAGAUUUACUUACACACACUUUACUCACCCAAAAGACUUGUGAUUGGAAGAUAGAAGACAACCACCGUUAUUAAAAAGAAAGGGUAAAUAAUAAUUAAAAAAACAAAAUUAGCAAUCCUCUAAUUACAAGACUAAAAAUAAAUACUAUUAUCAAAAGAGAGAAGCACAAAAAAGCCAUUCCAUCAAACCUCUAAUUAAAUAGAAGAAAAAAAGAAAAAAAAAAGCACAGAUGCGCUUCUUCCGUUUGUCAACCUGUCAUCGACUUCCAGCCCUGUUUUCUUUUGCCUGUCUUCCCAACUUCAUUCUCCAUCUCUCUCUCUCUUCCCUCGUCUCUUUCAACCCACCCACCAUCCUCGAGUUGCCUCCUCCCUCCUCUCCUCUGUUCCAGUUUCUCUCACCCUUCAACAUUUAUAAAACACAGGCAACAACAACCCCACAGAGAGAGAGAGAGAGAGAGAGAGAGAGAGAGAACAAAUCAUCGUCACAGCUUUGUUUUCCUGUGAAAGAAAAAUAUAAACAAAGACAGAUAGGAAGAAGAAAGGCUUCUUUUUUUCUUCAUUUAAAAGAGGCCUCGUCGCGGCGGUAAUGGCUCGCCUCUUCAGAUAGAUAGGAGUCCUCGGCGACUUCAAGAAGGAGUCCGACGGCAACUCCUCCCUCCGCUUCUCCUCCGGCGACGCCAUGACCGUCGCCACGGAUCUCCCCUCCCCCUUCGGCCAGCUGGGCGUCUUUCUCUCCGACGCGGAGCUGCGCCAGACCGCCUACGAGAUCUUCGUCGCCGCUUGCCGCGCCAAUGGCGGCAAGCCCCUCACUUACACUCCCCAAUCCGAUCGAACUGUCGACCGCUCCCUGCCGCCGUCGCUAACCUCCGCGGCCGCCAGCAAGAUGAAGAAGGCCUUCGGGAUCAGGUCGCCGACGAAGAAGGGCAGCCUCGGCCAGGAGAGCAUCCCGGUGAAGUCCUCCAAGAAGCCAGCGUCUGUGGGAGAGCUGAUGAGGGUGCAGAUGGGCAUAUCGGAGCAACUCGACGCACGGAUUCGAAGGGGGUUGCUGCGGAUUGCUGCCGGAAAUCUUGGAAAGCGCAUGGAGUCAAUGGUUUUACCAUUAGAGUUUCUGCAGCAGUUCAAGGCUUCAGAUUUUCCUGAUCAACAGGAAUAUAAAGACUGGCAGGCUAGGAAUUUGAAGGUUCUUGAGGCUGGACUACUCCUCCAUCCUCUUCUUCCGUUAGACAAGUCAGAUGCUGCAUCACAAAAGCUUCAUCAAAUUAUGCAUGGGGCUUCAGACGGGCCUAUUGAGACAGGAAAAAACUCUGAAUCAAUGCAGAUUCUACGCAGUGCUGUGACAUCACUUGCUUACAGAUUGUUGGAUGGAAUUGGCUCAGACGCAUGCCACUGGGCAGAUGGAUUUCCACUAAAUCUCCAUCUGUACCAAAUGCUGCUGGAAGCUUGUUUUAACAACAGCAGCGAGGAAGGAUCAACAGUUGAUGAAUUCGAUGAGGUUUUAGAGUUGAUAAAGAAGACAUGGGCCAUCCUUGGAAUAAAUCAGAUGUUUCAUAAUCUCUGCUUUACUUGGACCUUGUUUCUCAGAUUUGUUACAACUGGAGAAGUUGAAGUUGGUCUGCUAAUUGCAGCCGAUGCUCAAUUAACUGAAGUUGCAAGUGAUGCAAAAGCAACACAAGACCCGACUUACUCGAAAAUUUUAAGUUCAACAUUAAGCUAUAUUAUGGAUUGGACAGAGAAAAAACUUUUUGCUUACCAUGAUAUGUUUAAUUCUAGCAACAUUGAGUUGAUGGAAACUGUUGUCUCAUUUGGAGUAACAGCUGCAAAGAUACUAGUCGAAGAUUUUUCUACUGAAUAUCACCGUAAGAGGAGAGAAGAAACUGAUGUAGCUCGUAGCAGAAUUGAUGCCUAUAUUCGAUCAUCGCUUCGUGCUGCCUUUGCUCAGAAAAUGAAACAAACAGCCUCAAGCAAGCUAUCAUCAGAAGACCAGAGUACUCCAUUGCUUUCCAUCCUUGCAGAGGAGAUUGAGGAGUUGGCAAACAAAGAAAAAGAGUUGUUCAGUCCGAUAUUGAAGAAAUGGCAUCCCCUUGCUGCGGGUGUUGCUGUUAUGACUCUUCAUUCUUGUUAUGGAACUGAACUAAAGCAAUUUUUAUCUGGUGUCAAAGAGCUAGCACCAGAUGUACUCCAAGUUCUUAGAGCUGCAGACAAGUUAGAGAAAGAUCUCCUCGACAUUGUUGUUGAAGAUUCUGUUGAUAGUGAUGAUGGGGGCAAGUCACUAAUCAGAGAAAUGCCACCUUACGAAGCUGAAUCUGCUAUUGCCGAUCUUGUAAGAGCAUGGAUAAAGUCUAGACUAGAUCAGCUAAAGGAAUGGCUCGACCGGACCUUGCAGCAAGAGGUUUGGAACCCGAGGGCAAACAAAGAAAAUCGUUCUCCUUCUUCAGUUGAGAUACUGCGGAUGGUUGAUGAAACUUUAGAUGAGUACUUUGAUCUGCCUAUACCCAUGCAUGCUGUCUUGCUUCCAGACUUGCUGAAAGGACUUGAUAGGAGUCUACAACAUUAUGCAUCUGAGGCCCAGUCAGGAUGUGGUGCUCGAAAUGAUUUCAUGCCUGCAUUGCCUGAAUUGACCAGAUGUACAGUUAGUUCCAAGUUACGGAAGAAAAAGGACAAGCCACAGAACUCGACAAAAAGAAGAUCACAAGUUGGAUUGACAAUUGGAGAUUGUUCUUUGGGUUUGUCACAGUUUUGUGUACGCAUUAAUUCACUUUAUCAUAUCCACAAAAUGUUGGAGAACCUGGAAAAGAAAAUAAAGUCCUGUCUGAGGAAUCUUGAAUCAGCUCAAGAAGAUGUAUCAAAUGGCACACAGUCCAGUUUUGAACUUUCUCUAGCUGCUUGCCAAGAAGGAAUUCCGCAGCUUUGUGAGACAACAGCCUACAGGAUGAUCUUUCAUGACCUGGAUCAUGUUCUAUGGAAUUCUUUAUACGUUGGUGAGGCAGCUUCUUCAAGAAUAGAUCCUUUUCUGAAAGAACUCGACCUUAUUCUGGAGGUAGUAUUGAACACAGUGCACAUGAGAGUUCGGCAUCAGCUGAUAACUGAACUGAUGAAAGCUUCUUUUGAUGGGUUGUUGCUAGUGCUGCUUGCUGGUGGCCCAUCGCGUGGUUUCUCUUGCCAAGAUUCUCAGAUUAUUGAGGAGGAUUUCAAAUCUCUAAGAGAGUUAUACUUGGCUGACAGAGAUGGGUUGCCUGAAGAAUUGUUUGACAAGGCUGCAGCAGAAGUGAACAAGGUGCUACCCCUUUUUCGCACUGACACUGAGACCCUCAUUGAGAAGUUCAAACAUAUGAUUGCAGAGACUUACGAUCCUGCAGCCAAAUCCAAAUACCCAAUACCACCAAAUCCAGGGAACUGGGGCCCGACGGAGCCCAGCACGAUUCUACAUGUUCUGUGCCAUAGGAAUGAUGUGGCUGCAACAAAGUUCCUGAAGAGAACCUACAACUUCCCCAAAAAGCUGUAACCUCUCGGCACCCUCCCUACUUGUUGCAUGUUAAUCCAUUACCGGUUUUUGGAAGCACCAGACUGCUACUGUAGGACUUCACAACACAAGUCUGCUGAUUGAAUUGGUUGUAUGAUCAACGGUCUGCUGCUUGGGAUGGUGACCAUUUUGUCCAUAAUUCUGCAGGUUGUUUGGUCACCAGCUUCAGAAGCAACCUUUGGUUCAAUGGCAGCUUUCAUUAAAAUACACUUUUUUUUUUCUCAUAUUUUCUUCAUAAAGUGUUUUUUGCCACAGAAAAAAUUAGAGAAAAAUGAUGCAAUGUCUCAACUAACAGAAUGACAAUUUUCAGCUUCCAAGUCAGUAACUGUCUUAUACAAGAAAAUCCUUUAAAGAUGAUAUGUGUGCUUCAGUCGUGCAAUGCAUUGCGUCUGUGACAAAAAACUGAUUCGAGUGGUUUCUAUAUUCUAGUGGAUCGUGUUGAAACUUACUGAUCAGGCUGCAUAGAUGUUGAUAGUAUUGUGGACAAACAGAUUGGAUUGAUGUAAAUUAGGCACGGGACUUUGGUGUUCAUCCAGCAAAAGCCAAUUUAGGAUGAUUGAGGAGUCUUUAACAAAAGAUUUAAGAAAAGGCCAAUGGGAAAAAAAUAAUUUCCCGAUGGGCUUCAUUAAAAAAUUCUCAUCUUAGUUGUAACAGAUGACGCUUCAUUGAUCGAUCACUAGAAUCUCCUAUAGAGAGGAAUUGAGGAGUCGUUUUGGUAUUAUCAAUCUUCUUAUAGGUUCUGCAAGUAAGAAAUAAUUAUGGUAGCCAUCUUUGUUUAGAACCUUCACCUGCCUGCCAGCAAAUUCUUAAGGUAGUCCGCCUUUGUAGCUCCUGAAAACAUACGAUACCAAGCAAUGAUGGAUAAGCAUUGCAAUGUUAGGCAAACAACGAACAGUAAGUUUUGGGUGAGCGGCUAAUUAUGGAUUAUCCUUUUCGAGUUAUACUUAUUUCGAUAUGAAGAUUUUAACAUUUUAUAUUAAAAUCUCUAUAAUUAUAAAAGUAAAAUAUUUAACCUUAUUUACUCUAAAGUUUUUUGUUUUACUAAUGAAAUAUAUAACAUGUGACAAUGCAUAAAUAAUACGAAAAUGAUAGGUAAAAGAAUAAUUUCGAUAAUGCUAACUAUUGUGAUGGUGUCGUAAAUGAUUAUUAUGAUGGUGGUUGAUGAGAACGAUGUGAUGAUCGACCUUACCGAUGUCGAUCUGAACAUCAACGAAGAGGAAGAGAAGGCAGAACAGUGAGAUAUCUACGUUAGAGGAAGAGGAGGUAGGUGAGGCAUUUGUAUUGACGCUGCAUUGCUCUACCUCACUUGUCUCCUCUUCGUCCUCUAACGCCAAUGUAGAUACCUUACUGUUUUGUUUUCUCUUCUUUCUCGUCGUCGAUGUUUGGAUCGAUAUUAGCAAGACCAACCACCAUGUUGU